UCUCGACUGUGGCAACAGGAAACAAAGAGCUUAUAUAAGAAAUUUGAUCAACGGACAUGAAGAUGUGCAGAUUGCCGAUGCAACCGCUGCUGCUGGGGCUCUGGCUGCUGCUGCUGAUUGAAGUGCAGCAACCCAUCAGCGGCCUGGAACAGAGUACAGACUACUCGGUGGUGAGCAAAACGGCGGCAGUGGCCACCACCACAUCGGCUCCUCCACACACGGUGGCGCCACCUCUACGCAGCUUCAAGGGCCGCAUUCAGACCACGACUCCGACGUCCAGAACAGCGACUGGGACUCGCCCUCUGGCCACUGGAGCGGAGGCGCAGCAGGAGCUGGUGGGCAUCUCCUCCAAAUCGUAUAUUUCGGGACCCACCACCCAGGCCUCGAAGCUGUCCAAGCGCGCCGGCCUGGCCGGCCCCAAAAAGUUCCCCAAGGACGUCCGCAACCGCAGCAGCGUCGCCGUGGAGCGCAACAAGCUGCAUCAUGAUGUGCCCGACCAUGUACCGGACUCUUCUGGCUAUAUACCGCAUCGCAUUGGACAUCCUGUUCACCUGGACUACGGGUCCACGGGCGUGGAUUCUAGUGGAGCUCCGACAGGAAGUGCCGGCUAUCAUGCGCCGCCCUAUGAGGGCAACAAGUGGCACGAGGAGUACUGGGAUCAGGAAUACGCGGGUCAUCAGUUUCUCCACAACAGCACUAGAGUGCAACACAUUGAAGCGGAGUGCCAGGACGACUACAUGAAAAUACGCAUUGGCUUUAAUGGCUCCUUCAGUGGACUGCUCUACUCUGCGGGCUAUGCCUACGAUCCGGACUGCAUGUACAUCAAUGGCUCGGGUCGGGACUAUUACGAGUUCUAUAUCCAAUUGAAUCGUUGUGGCACACUGGGCAAGAACUCCCUGCAGGAGGAGAGUCGCAAGAAUCCAACAAACUUUAUGUGGAACACGGUGACGGUACAAUAUAAUCCACUGAUUGAGGAGGAGUACGAUGAGCACUUUAAGGUCACGUGCGAGUAUGGCUACGACUUCUGGAAGACGGUGACGUUUCCCUUUCUAGAUGUGGAGGUGGCCACUGGCAAUCCUGUUGUCUUCACACUGAGUCCACCCGAAUGCUAUAUGGAAAUCCAGAAUGGCUACGGCAUUGGGGGACCCCGCGUGACGGGGCCGGUGCGAGUGGGCGAUCCCCUGACCCUGAUCAUCUACAUGAGGAGCAAGUACGAUGGCUUUGACAUUGUGGUCAACGAUUGCUACGCACACAAUGGCGCCAACAAGCGGAUACAGCUCAUCGAUCAGCAUGGCUGUCCGGUGGAUGACAAGCUCAUCUCACGCUUCAGGGGCUCCUGGUCCGAUGCGGGCGUCUACGAGACACAGGUGUAUGCGUACAUGAAAACCUUUCGGUUCACUGGCUCCCCAGCCCUCUACAUUGAGUGUGACGUCCGCAUGUGCCACGGACGUUGUCCGAGUCAGCCCUGUCAUUGGCGCAACCUGAAGGCGGUCACUAAGCGCGACACCUCCAACAUGACGGCCACGAAUCUCUCUCUCCCUCCAUUGUCCGUCGAUGGAGACGCCGCCACCGCCACCACGGAGAGUCCCUCCACGCAGACUUCGCUCUCGGAGAACGUGAACCUGUUCCAGUCGCUGCGCGUGCUGCAGGAGGGUGAAAACGAUGGCGAUGAUGUCUAUGCCCAUCGCCAGACAAAGCCCCCAGGGCCGCACCAGACCUGCCUGAAGACCUCGACCUUCUCAGCGCUGACCGCCGCUGGCUCAGCCCUGCUUUGUGUGCUGACGGUGACGCUAUUCAUUGCCUGCUCGAGGCUGAAGCGGCGCAAGGAGUCGACGCUCUACGACUCCUACAUAGCGCACAAGGGUCAAAUCGAUUAA